AUGCUCCUCCGGCCGACAAUGAUCGCGACGCGUGCCAUUGGAACGGAAAGAAUCGGCUACAGAGACGGCGACAAUCGCCUGCCACUGAUCAGCGGGCGACAUGCCGCGCGAAGAUGCGCGGUGGCAUUAAUAGUCAUGCCGCUCCUGAGCAUGUUCUGCACAUCGAGCGGCGCCAGCGGCGUUCAGACUUGGCGACGCUGCGCAGCGCCGAGCAGCCUGAUACAGCGAGCCUGGCUGCCAUGCAAAGCAUGCGGUUCGCCUUCCGGCUGGCCAGAGCAGCAGCAGCAGGACAGAGACCACCUAGAGAUGGCCUGCGGGCGGAUCACCAGCCACUGCAUGGACCCGUCUCGUACCAGCAGGAGCCUGCAGCAGUCCGGCCUUGGCUGCAGGAGCCUUUGA